AGUCUCAGAAGUGGGAUGAAAUGAAUAUCCUGGCAACGUACCACCCGGCAGGCAAGGACUACGGUUUGAUGAAGAUCGAUGAGCCGAGUACGCCCUAUCACGGCAUGGUGGGAGAUGAUGAGGAUGCCGGCAGCGACACAGAGACACACGAAGCCCCUGCCGCAGAUGUGUUGGCUAAAAAAUUAGCAGCUGCAGCUGAGGGCAAGGGGCCGAGGGCCCUAGCUGAGCAGGAGGAGAGCAGUGACGAAGACGAUGACGAUAUGGAGCUGUCGGCCGAAGAACUUGAGAAAAAAAGGCAGUUUGAAAUGAAGAGAAAGAUGCAUUACAAUGAAGCCCAGAACAUUAAGCUUGCCAGACAACUGAUUGCAAAGGAGCUACGGGGUGAUGCAGCUGCUGAAGAUGAUGACGAUGAUGAUGAAGAGAUGCGGGACACAGCAGGCUCAAGACAAAUGAAUCCAGCUCCUGUACCCGCUCCUAGUGACCCGCUUGAGAACAUUGCACACGGCCUAGAAGAAGUCUGCUCAGGACUCUAACUUCUCCUAAAGCCAUAACUUUGUAUUCAUUGCAUCACACUUCUGCAGUUGUGGCUCAGGUACUGUGGUGGAGCCAGCCAGCUCUCACUUCUGUUUUGCCAAGAAUAGUGGUUACUGUUGAGGCUUUGCUGUUAGGCGGUGGACAAAAUUACUGAGCUGACUUGUUCUUGUGCCUGCUAAUCACAGAAGACGGCUUCAUUCAUGACCCACAGAACAACACGGUGCAUUGUGGUGCUGGUUGCCUUGCCUUGGCACAGCCAUGUUGCGCUCCUUUCUGGUUCUGAAGCUUGCAAAACAUCUAGUCACUUUGCUUUCAGUUACGUUUGGCACCACUCUUGGGGACGUCCAUGGCCAUACACUGCACAGAAAGACAUGGUGCUGGUCUGCCAAACUGUACAGCUGGGAAACGAUGCUCUGAAGUAUUGGUAAUCAGCAGGAUCUUUUGAAAAAGGGAUUUGUUCAUUGAGUAGAUUUCCUCUUGUAGCUCUCUUUUCUGCCAUUAUUAACUUAGCUGGUCUGUGCGACACAGUUGUUCUCUGUUCAGCUGUCAAAAACGAGAAGGCAGAUUUCCCGCCCUCCGACAGUUUCCCUGAGCCUUCCAGCUGCGACUGGGUGUUCUGGGCUGCUGUACUUGAGAAGCGAUGAGCCUCGGUGUGCCGUGCCGCCUGGUCACGCCUGCUCUGCUCUUGGUGGCCUCGGCCUCAGGAUGUCGUUUUUGUGGCUCGCUUCCCAUCAGCUGAGCACCACUCUUGCCCAGGACAUGCUUUCUUACUGCCACCCGUCCACCUUCUCGAGCACUGCCAAGAGGGAAGCCAGCUUUGAAAAUCCUUCCUGGAAGAGGGCGGCGGUGGCGGCUGCUGCUAGACUCAAAUAUUUGUCUGCUUCUCUCCUGCGGGCCUCUUCUCUAUGGGGGGGGGGGCGGGGGCAGCAGCUAGGGUAGCCCGGGGGCUGUGCAACCACAUAGCCUGUGGGAGGAGCAAAAGGUAGCCUGUGAAUAGCUGUGGGUGGGUGACAUUUAGGGGGGCGUGCGUGCUGGAAGGCCCAGGCAUCGGCCCCGGUUGACAGAUGCGGCAGGCUGCUUAGUUCUCACUCUGGUUAAACAGACUGACUGCCUGGCUCUUUAUUUCUUAAUUUUGACUUAAAUUGGUAAGUUGACACACUCCAUAUACUUUUUGGCUCUUUUUAAGUUGACUUCUUGUUCAUUGUGAGUGUCUGAAUAACACAAUGCGCUAUUUUACAGUUAAAGUGAACUUGGGGGCUUUCUUCGAACAUGUUCGUAGCUUAAACAUGGAGGGUCAAAUAUCUAGUUGCUGAGUGUCGAUAAAACAGUGCAACAAAACUGAUCUUUUCUGCAAAAGUGUCCGCAUUGGGCUGCCUCACACACCACCUUUGCCACCUCAGCGCUGCUGCCCCAUUUCCUGGACUUGCAUGUGCUUGUUCGCUUUGCAUCAGUGAUGUUUGGGUGAAGGAGAAGACGGUGUUCGUUCCCAUUAGAGGCUCUGGUGAAUUGUUGACGAGGCUUUAUUCUGGUAACCUGCCACAAUCCCGGGAAGGCACAAUUGCCCUGGCUUUCAGUAUUGGCGAGCUCUCCCCAAAACACCUUGUUGAGCCUCCUUCGGCUGUUAGCCGGCUGGGCAGGGGUGCCUUUCUGUUCUGUACUGCACUUCAAUCACUGGCACUAAAUAAAUGAGGAAAAUACGA